GCGUAACUCAGUUUGUUUUCUUUUCGUAUUCUGUGGCUGUCUUGAUGCGAACGGACGCUGGGCGCUGCGUUGCAGCAGUCGUCAAAUUAUUUAAAAAGUCAACCAUUUAAACAAAGUUAACACAUCAAAUUUAAAAAUCUUGCUCAGCUUUCUGUCUUUAUAAGGAAGAUAAAUUAAUUCGGAAUAUCCCGUUUCCUUCAAGUGUGAUAUUUUGGGAAACAUGGCUAGAGGACAUCAGAAAGUGCAGUCCCAACAAAAAGCUCAAGAAAAAGCAGCUAAAAUGAAAAAACAACAAGGACACAGUGCGAAUGACCAAAAAAAGGCUGCACAGAAAGCUUUAGUACAUGUGUGCAGUGUUUGUAAGGCUCAAAUGCCUGACCCCAAAACCUACAAGCAACACUUUGAAAACAAGCACCCCAAGAAUGACAUGCCAGCAGAAUUAAAGGAUGCAUGAGAGAGAAGACAUUCAACUGAAGAUCUCUUUUUCAUUUUGUUCUGCAAUAUUAUAAUUUAACCUUAAUGUUAUGUUGUUUUUAUCUAUGUUGGGUAAUGCACACCCCAUUUUUUUUCUUCAACAAAGGAUUAUGUUUUAUGUUUAUACCUUAAUACCAAAACCAUGUUUUAUUCGGACAACCAUUAUUUAACACUAAUUUUUCCGCUUUUCAAAUGAAUUUGGAACGUUUUUAAUUUUUUUUAAGAACUAAUUUGGGUCUUAUUUACAUAUCUAGCAUAAAAUCGAAUAAAAAAUUACUUGUAAAUUGCAUUACUAGAGUUGAACCCAAGGUAAAUGUAUUUUUUGCCUUUUAUAUAUUACAUGGUAUGGUAAUUAGGGUAUUGUAUCCUCAUUAUUCUUGUACUUUAUCAGGUGAAUGACGGAUUAUGUUACAGAUUUCUUGAGGCUUGUGAUGUUUUCAUAUGUUUAUAAAUAAAAAAUUCUUAAUA